CAUGGAUCCACUAAACAUUAAAUUGCGUUUGUUCCGAACCUUCUGAAUGAAUUUCUGACUCUUUAUCCGAAUCGUUAGGAGUUUGCGCUAAGCUGACAUCAUCAUAAACACGGAAGUAAAACGGCAAAAAAAAAAAAAAAAAAAACCGUCGGUAAAGUAAAGCGAACAUCUCACUGCUGUCUUCUCCCAGGGCUGUCCACAUGACACCGAAAUAUUUCGCCUCCAGCCUUUCCAGAUAUCUUGAUGGAGAUUUCUGGAAGACAAAAGAUAUCCUCCGGGAGGAAAUUUCCGCUUGUGAUGUGUUCCAGAGAAGCAGCUACAGCUUGACUCUGGAGCAGAUCAGAGAGUUAACUGCACAGAGGUUGCACUUUGUCUUGAAACUACCUCUAAUGAAACACCAUCUGGAUGAUCAGGUGGCUGGAAGAAAAAAGGGGUUCAUAAGCAAGAGCCUGUGCAUCACAGAGAUGAUCUGUUCUGCAGAUAUGGCCACUGGAGUAAAGAUGGGAGUUGUGUGUGGACUAUAUGGUGGGGCUGUUACCAACCUAGGCAGCCCAGAGCAAGUGAAGAAAUUGUAUGUGCCUGUCACAGAGUUGGAAUUCACUGGGAUGUUUGCCAUGACAGAAAGAGGUCAUGGGAGUAACGUUCGGGGGAUACUCACGGAGGCUCACUAUGACCCUUCAGCGCAGGAGUUCGUUAUUCACACACCUUGUGAAAACGCACAAAAGAUGUACAUUGGAAAUGCAAUGAAAGGAAACUAUGCUGCUGUCUUUGCACAGCUCAUUAUCAACGGAGAAUGCCACGGUCCACACUGCUUCAUUGUACCCAUUCGAGACCAGAACGGGGUCAUGUGUGUAGGAGUGACUGCAGUUGAUAUGGAACAUAAAGAAGGCCUACAUGGGGUUGACAAUGGUAUUUUGAUAUUUGAUCAUGUGAGGAUACCACGGGAAAACCUGCUACACAAGUUUGGUUCGGUGUCAGCUGACGGUCAGUACACUUCUCCUAUUCAGAGUAAAGGUAGUCGCUUCAACGCCAUGCUCGCCGCUCUCACCCCGACACGUUUGGCUCUCACCGUGCAGGCCAUGGCUGCCAUGAAGUUGGGACUCAUCAUAGCAGUGCGCUACAGUCACAGUCGUAGACAGUUUGGCCCAAAAGACCAAGAUGAGGUUAAAAUCAUUGAGCACCAGACCCAGUAUCUGAGAUUGAUGCCGCACUUGGCCGCCGUCCUCGCUCUCACCUUCACCACUAGACAUACAGCAAGGCUGAUGGAUGAAGCUCUGUGUCAGGGGCAGGAUCUACAGAGCCAUCGUCCACUGCAGGCGUUGGUUGCUGGACUCAAAGCCUACAGCACUUGGGCCAACGUGGCCUGCCUACAGGAAUGCCGCGAAUGUACCGGGGGCAUGGGCUUCAUGAUGGAGAACAGGAUCCCUUCUCUGAAGUGCGACUCGGACGUCUUUGUGACUUUUGAGGGCGACAACAUGGUCAUGCUCCAGGUGGUGGUUCGUGAACUUUUAAGUCAGUACUCCAAGCAGAUUGGGAAAAGCCCGGUGUUUGGACUGAUCAAAAACUGGGGCAGUUAUGCCUCCGACAGCCUCAGGACAAGUUUCCCUAGUCUCUUUCUAGAUAAUGUAGAAGACCUGAGCUUCCUGCUGAAAGCUUUAAGCUACAGAGAGAGGGUCUUACAGCGUAGCCUCGCUACACGCCUGUACACUAAGGUCACUAAGAACAAAGAAGAGUUUUUCAGUGCCUGGAACUCCUGCCUGCACCAUGUGACUGGACUCGCCCUGGCACACAUACACAGAGUGACUCUGGAGCAGUUUGCACUGGCAGUGCAGGACUGCCAAGUGAACGAAGACCAAGCUUUGUUAAAGCAGUUCUGCCUUCUGCAUGGAACCAGCCUGGUGUAUCAGGAGCGAGGAUGGUAUCUGGAACACAACUACUUUAGUCCCGGUGAUAGCAGACAGAUCCGCACCCAGUUGCUGGAGUUGUGCAGAUCAGUGAAGGAUGAUGCUUUGAAGGUGGUGUCAGACUUCAACAUGCCUCCUUGUUGCAUACAGGCACCAAUCGCUGGAGUGCCCAACUCCAGGGCACCUUGGGGCUUCUACCCACAGCCUGAGAGCCCUGGUCCCCAGCCCCAAAGCCAGCAGAGAGCCACAUCAAAGCUCUAGAUAACAUUUGUGUGUAUGUGUGUGUGUGUGUGUGUGUGUGUGUGUGUGUGUGUGUGUGUGUGUGUGUGUGUGUGUGUGUAUGUGUGUGUGUGUGUGUUUGUGUGUGUGUGUGGGAGGAAGAUGAGAGAAUGGAAAUUUGGUAUGGGGGAUAUCAGCUUUGUGUGUGUGUUUGUGUGUGUGGCUUUUGGGUUAUGUGAUUUCUGCUGUGAAUAUUUAUGCUUUAUGAUUUUCUUGUUCUGCCAUUAGCAAUGUUGUUAUAUAAAUCAGACAUUAUUAUUGAAGUUCUGUUAUUACAGGAGGCUGUGUAUAUUUGCUCUUGUUUUUAAUAAAUAGAAGCAGUGUUAAGAUAAAGGACCAAAAGAUUUUAAGCACUAUAAAUUAAUUUGUGUGAUAUAUAUGCACCAGAGAUUAUUAACAAGGAAAUGAUUAUUGGAAUAAACUUGUGUUCAUUA